AUGAGGUAUCCAAAGGAGCCAUGCAUGAGCCGAAGUGGUCAUGCAUGUGGGUUGUAUGAACAUGGGAAAGAAUGGGAAAGAAGUUUAUGGGGAGCGAAUGGUGGAAUGAGUGGAGGAGAUAGUGAGAGAAGUCGGUUUGGUAGUGGAAUAAAUGAAGAAGGUAGUAAGAGAAGUGGGUUUGGUGGGUAUGAAAGACAGGGAAGGUGCGACCAGGUGGAGGCGAAACCCAUAGCUGAGAUGACCAAGAGAACAAGCCCCAUUCCUAUUGACAGCCUUUCCAACAUUGGGAUCCAUGCCGACACCAGCACCUAUUGGUGUAACCAAGCCAAGUUCGGAAACGAAGAAGAAGAGAUAGAAGUCGUGACCAUGAGCGUCUUCGCCGCUCAGCAAAAAUGGGAAUUCCUCGUGAUUCCAUGCACAAGAGGGAAUGCAUUGUUUGAAUAUGUGAAUCUUGAGGGAGCAUGGGCUGUGAUGAAUGAGACUGAAUUUCUCACGCAAACAAUCAGUGUUGAUUGGGCCUUCAGCAAUGGGUCGUUCCAAAAGAGAGGAUACUAA